AUGGCGAGUGGCUCGAAAUCGACCGAGAAGCCAGGAACACUGGAUCAACUCAAGAAAGAGGUUGUUGAAAUUUUACGUUCUUGUGACGGUAAUUGUUUGAAUAUUUCUAAAUUCAAGUGUAAGUAUGAGCAAAUGUUUGGGAGAACUUUUGAGGAACACUAUAGUGCGUUGUUGAAAAGAAAAAAGUUCAGCAUUUUUAUGGCGGAGUUAGAUAUUGUUGAACUCCAAAAAAACGGAAGCAGCAUUCUAAUGAAAUGGAAAGAAUCGAAUCCAUGCAAGCUUAAAUCGUCCGGUUCAGGCGCUGACUGUCAGCAGGAAUGGUCAGAUUCCAAUGAAGCUAAAUUAGAAAAAUCACGACGCAGAGAAAGACUCUCUUCGGCUGAAGAUCUUCUAAAUGUUGCAAGUACAGCUACCGUCUCACCAGGUACUAAGGAUGAAAGCAAACGGGAUAUGACAGAUCCAUCACUGGUAAAAUGUGCUACACCCGUGACUGUCUCACCUCAAUCACAGCCAACUUCAAGUGUUGAAAACAAAGGCAUGUGA